AUGGGGAAGGAUUAUUAUGCAAUUCUUGGAGUACCACGAGAAGCAGAUGAGGAUACCCUUAAAAAGGCAUACCGGAAGCUAGCCGUGAAAUGGCAUCCCGACAAGAACAGAGACAAUAUUGAGGAGGCCACUGCCAAGUUCAAGGAAGUGGGGGAGGCUUAUGAUGUCUUGUCAGACAAGCAGAAGAGGGAGAUAUAUGACAGAUAUGGUGAGGAGGGUCUGAAGAUGGGGGGCCCCCCUCCAAGCGCAGAUGGAGCCGGAGCAGGAGGCGGCGGCGGCGGCGGCGGCCGCGGCGGCGGGUACUCAUUCAACGAGGAUCAGGCGCAGAAGAUCUUUGAGAACCUGUUUGGAGGGGGCUUGGGGGGCUUUGGGUCAUCGGGCAUGGGCGGCGGUGGCAUGGGUGGUGGCCCAAGGGUCCGUGUCUUCUCCUCUGGCGCCGAUUGCAUUGUGUGUACGUGCAGGUAUGGGGGACAGCAGCAGCAGCGGCCUCGCACGAUUGAGGUGCCACUGAAGCUGACCCUAAAGGAGCUUCACACCGGCACCACAAAGAAACUCAAGAUUACUCGCAGAGUCUUCAACAAGGAGACCAACAAGCUUGAGACCAAGGAGGAAAUCAUCACCAUCAAUGUGCAGCCAGGCUGGAAAGAUGGCACGCGCAUCACAUUUGCUGGGAAGGGCGAUGAGCUCCCCGGCCAACCACCGCAGGAUCUGGUCUUUGUGGUGCGGCAAGUACCGGAUGACCGCUUCAAGCGCGAGGGAGAUGACCUCAUCACGCAGGUGCGCAUCAGGCUGCCAGAUGCGCUGUCGGAGGGCAAGAUCGACAUCCCUCACCUCGAUGACCGCAUCCUGCGCGUGCCGCUCAAAGAGGUUGUGGCGCCUGGGUAUGUGAGGGUCGUGAAGAACGAGGGCAUGCCCAAGUCAAAGGCGCCAGGCCAGAAGGGUGACCUCAAGAUCGUCUUUGAUGUGGCGUUCCCAAAGAAGCAGCUGAAUGCCACAGAGAAGGACGUCCUUGAGGACCUGCUGAGGGAUAAGUGGUGAUUCAGAGGAGAGGGUUUUCAAUGGAUGCAACCGAGCUGAGGAAUGUUUGGUGGGCGCCUGCAUUUGCCGGCAUUUGAGGCUCAUGCACAUUUUAAAUAUUGUCAGAUAGGGCAUGAACUUGUAGCUGUAGACUUGUUGUUAUGGUUACAUAUAUCUGCCAAGGAGGGUUGUUGUGCUUGUAGUAUGCAGAUGCAAAGUCAGUCCUGUAUUGUGAGGAACUUCUGACACUGUUGUUGUUAUUGUAAAAAGGUUAGUGUG